AUGUCACCCCAUCCCUCAGCAGCGGCAUCCAAUCGCUCCUCGGCCCGUCCUGCGGACCCAACGCAGCUCGGCGAGCCAGGAUUCGUGCAAGACCCCCGGGUGUACAUGGACCGAGUCACCGGGACAUGGCGUUUCGAGGACGACGAUGAGGAAGGGACGGAGAUGGAGUGGGAUGCAAAGAAGCGCAAUUGGGUGCCUGUAAUUGAUGAAGAUCUCGUAAGGGCUCAACAGGCGGCGUAUUCCGUUCAAGGGGUGGAUGAGAGCGCGCCUGCCGCUCCUGUGCUCGCUAGGGAGAAGAAGAAACGGAAGAAGGAGCAAGUGGACUAUACUUCUGGGAACACGACUCCCCUCCCUCCAGCGAAGAAGACCAAGCCCGAGCCGAAGCGGGGAAAGAACACGGCGGUGUACGUGUCUAGCAUCCCGCUGGACGCGACAAAAGACGAGAUCAUCGAUCGGUUCGGCAAGUUUGGGGUAUUGGAAGAAGAAGAUGAGGGAGAGCCGAAAGUGAAGAUGUAUGCGGAUGAGGAGGGGCUGUUUAAUGGUACAGCGCUAGUGGUGUACUUCAAAGAGGAGAGCGUGACCCUCGCGAUCACCAUGCUGGACGAAGCGGAACUGCGCAUCGGCGAGGGUGGGAGCAUGCGCGUCGAGCUUCCAAACUAUGAUAACGACAAGUGGAAGAACAAGAGGGAGGCGAAGGUGGAGCGGAAGGUAGUCGACAAAAGCAAAGCGAGCAGAAGGUUGAAGCGCAUGGAAGGGAGGAUCGCCGAAUGGGACGACGAAGACGGCUUUGGACCUCAGCUGGAGAAGAAAGAGCCCCUACCUGCACCGCUCGAAUCUCGGGUCGUCGUAUUGAAGCAUAUGUUUACUCUCGACCAGCUCGCUAGCGACCCAUCCCUGUUGCUGGACCUGAAGGAGGAUGUACGAGAAGAAUGCGAGGCUUUGGGGCAGGUUACAAAUGUUAUUCUAUAUGAUAAAGAGCCGGAGGGAGUGAUGACGGUCAAGUUUCGAGAUCCCGUGAGCGCCCAAGCAUGCGUCCUCAAAAUGAACGGCAGGUACUUCGACAAGCGACGGGUACUCGCGGAACUCUACACCGGACGACAGCGGUUCAAGCGUACGGGUGACGACAUCACUAAGGAAGUGGACGAAGCCGAGAAGCAGCGGCUGGACGAGUUUGCAGCAUGGUUGAUGGCAGAGGACUAGUAUGACAUUGAGGCAUUCCGGGCUUGUUCGAACAUGCGGGUGCGAGAUUAGGCACGCGAGCUGAUAAUCUACCUUGUAUACUGACACAGACAGACAUAUAGUAUCAUUAGUCGAUGUCUUCGGGCAUAUAUUGACCUUUCCUCAUGCGUUCUGUCCUUGGAGGGGCACGAUAUGGACCGGCGCCUCUGUUUGCACGCCUCCCCGCCCGAGCCGCUCGAGGAAGGAACUCAUCCUUCGGCGUAAUCCCCACUGUCCACCGUUGCGCCGCCUCGUCCUCCAGCAGCCAUUUCUCCAACAAGUCCAAGUUCCUCAGGUUCGCCUUCCAAAGCAUGUCUACCAAGUCCCCGAUCACGGACACGAGGCCGACAAGUAGAUCAAUGAGGACGUUGAUACCCAUCCAGAUGAGGGUAGCUGGGGGGAUACCAAAUACCCAGGAAAGGAAGAUCUGGUAGAGGGCGAGAAGGGAGCCGAGCAGGUCGCCCCAGAGUGGGAACAGGGAAACGAUGUCGUCUACUCCGAUAUGGAAGGGGAGUCCGACUUGGGAGAGAAAGGGGAGGGCAUCCAUGUACCAUGCGACUGUACGGAUGUGGUUGUACAGGUAUUGCGCCUCCUCGUUAUUCCUCGGUCUAUG